AUCAUCUUUGAAAAACUCCCAAGUAUCUUCUCAACAAUUCUUGGCAGGCAUCAUGAGUUUCCCUGUACCACUAAGGAUCCUCCUGAUCUGUCUGGUUAUUUUUUGUCCAGCAGUAGAUGGGACUUUGGAACAAAAUAUCCUCAUGGCUAUUGUAAAGAAUUUGGAGAAACAGUUGCGAGGUCAAUAUGCUUUAGCCUUCAGUGUUGAAAUGGAGAAAUGUCUUAAAGAUUCAAAAUAUACAGGUCAGGACUUAAUAACUGAAGAAGUGAAAAAAGAACUCGAGAAAAAUAAUGUUUAUCAGGGCGAUCAUCUCCUUGCUGCAAAGCCAAAGAAAAUAAGUACAAAUAACGGUUUGUACACAGAACAUGCUGAGUUUCGCCUGCAGAAUUUUCUGAAAAAUAUUUUGAAAAAGGAGGAUAGAUGUGUGAUUUAUUUCACUGUUAAUUCGCCUUGUAUGGAAAAAUGCCUAAAAGAAGAUGGACGAUUCAACAUUAAAACAAGCCUUCAACUGUUAGAACAAGAAAAAUUAAAAGCGUUUGUUUUCAAAAAGUACUGGAAAGAUGAUAAGGAUCCGAAGGCGGUGAUUGCUAGACUAAAGGAAAUAGCACCUAAUUUGCCAUAUUAUCAGUGUGAUUCUGAAUGUAAAGCUCUUUAG